ACAGAAGCUGCUGUUAGACUCCCGAUGACCGAAACAAACAUGGCAGCCUGCUUGUGCUGCACACUUUACGAAGGUUGUUUUCAUUUUUAAAAGGUUUUGACAGAAUUUCUACAAACAUGCUUGGCCUGACAAUAAGAGAGGUGUCUUUGGCACUCAGGGAGGGAAGAGUCUCCCCAACAGAGCUCUGUAGGAAGUGUCUGAACCGCAUCAAGAAAACACAACACCUUAACGCUUACAUCACUGUGUCUGAGGAGUUGGCACUGAAGCAGGCUCAAGAAGCAGAAACGAGACUCCUCCAAGGUAAGCCCAAAGGUCCUCUGGAUGGAAUCCCAUUUGCAGCAAAGGACAACUUCUGCACAGAAAACAUCAGGACGACGUGUGCGUCCAGGAUGCUGAAAGACUACACUCCACCCUACAAUGCCACCAUGGUCCAGAAGCUCUUUGAUCAAGGGGCUGUUCUCGUGGGGAAGACCAACAUGGAUGAGUUUGCUAUGGGUGCGGGCAGCACUGACAGCGCUUUCGGUCCAGUGAGAAACCCCUGGAGCUACGCCGCUCCCUUCAGAGAGCAGACAGGGGCACAGCCGGACUCCGAUUGGGUCGUCACUGGAGGAAGUUCUGGAGGAAGUGCUGCAGCUGUAGCCUCACUCACCAGCUACCUGGCUUUGGGUUCAGACACGGGCGGUUCUACUCGUAACCCUGGAGCGCUGUGUGGCGUUGUAGCUCUGAAGCCCACCUACGGUUUGCUGUCCAGACACGGUCUCAUCCCCCUGGUCAACUCCAUGGACGUCCCAGGCAUCAUGACCCGCAGUGUCAGCGAUACAGCCACUGUCUUAGGUAUCCUCCAAGGCCUUGAUAUCAGAGACUCAACAACAAUUCCUGCAGCGUCAUCAAUAACAGAACUACCUGAAGACUUUGAUGUUAAGAACAUCUGUGUGGGCAUCCCUAAGGAGUACCACGCCCCAGGGCUGUCCGAGGAGACUCUGACACAGUGGAGUCGUGUCGCUGACAUGUUUGAGCGGGCGGGGGCUCGAGUGGAGCAGGUGUCCCUCCCCCACACCCAGUACUCCAUCGUGUGCUACCACGUCCUGUGCCACACUGAGGUGGCAUCCAACAUGGCCCGCUUUGAUGGCCUAGAAUACGGUCAUCGUAGUGCAGUCGACAGCUCGACGGAGGCCAUGUAUGCUGCGACCCGACAUGAGGGCUUUAACGACGUUGUGAGGGGGAGAAUACUCUCGGGGAACUUCUUCCUACUCAAACAGAACUACGAGCACUACUUCGUGAAGGCUCAGAAAGUCCGCCGGCUGAUCUCAGAUGACUUCAAGCAUGUCUUCAGCUCAGGUGUGGACAUCCUGCUCACGCCCACCACUCUAACCGAUGCAGCAGCCUACUCUGACUUCAAGCAGGAAGACAACCGAACACGCAGCGCGCAGGAGGACGUCUUCACCCAGCCCGUCAACAUGGCAGGUCUCCCAGCCGUGUCUGUGCCAACGGCUUUAUCAAGACGGGGCCUUCCCAUUGGCUUGCAGCUUAUCGGCCCUAUGCUCCAGGAAAAGAAGCUGCUCAGUGUCGCCCGAUGGAUGGAGCAGAGGGUUGGGUUUCCCUCAAUCAGUGACUACGUAGACACCAAGGAGUGCAGGAAUGACACUGCAGUGGCCAAGAGGGAGCAGACUUCAGCUGCAUGAGGAGAACUGUAAACACAAGGGACUUGUGGCCGACAUAAUGGCCCAUGCAAAUGAAAUGGACAUUUUCUGCCUAUGAGAUGCCUUUUCAGGACGUUUGUGUUGCUGUUUUCCUCAUGAAAUAAAAUGUACAGACAGAUGACGUUUUUGCUUGCUGUCUGAAGGUGAAGCUAGAAUAAACACUAAAGUUGGGUCAUUUAUUUGGACCUGUGCUCAGGGGUUCCCACACCCCUUGGGGAUGUUAUAAUGCUAGCAGCUUGGCUCUAGUUCUUGUGAUGACAUUAAAAUGAAGUCUUAUGUGGUGUA